AUGUCCGUCAUGCCCGACCCACAUGCUAAAAUAGUGAUACCGAAGCCAAAGCUUAUUACUAGGGAAACGGACCCAUUGCACAUAAUAAAGACGAGAAUAACAACACAUGGUAGACCUGUGAACAUUGCAGGCCCAAUGGUUCGCUAUUCUAAAUUACCGUUCCGCCAAUUAUGCCGAGAUUACAACGUCGAUAUCGUUUAUUCACCGAUGAUAUUGGCAAGAGAAUACGUCCGCAAUGAGCAUGCGAGAAUCUCUGAUCUUUCUAUAAAUGACAAAGACGUCCCAUUAAUCGUACAAGUCGGUGUGAAUAACGUUGCUGAUCUACUGAAAUUUGUCGAGAUGGUUGCACCUUACUGUGAUGGUGUUGGUAUCAACUGUGGAUGCCCCAUAAAAGAACAAAUUAGAGAGGGCAUAGGUUGUGCUUUGAUUUAUAACUCUGACUUAUUAUGUAGCAUGGUUCGAGCUGUGAAGAAUAAAUAUGGCGACAAAUUAAGACUUGAAACGAAGAUAAGGAUACACGAUGAAUUGGAUCAAACGGUCGAACUGUGCCGGAACUUAUGUGAUAGCGGCGUGGAUUGGAUUACGAUUCACGGUCGUACACGUAGAACUAGAUCAUCGCAAUCGGUUAAUCUGGAUGCGAUAAAAUACAUUAUCGACAGAAUCGCCGAUAAAAAUGUGCCCGUUAUAGCCAACGGAGACUGCUUCAAAUUAUCAGAUCUGGAAAAAAUCACUAAAUACACCGGGGCGUCAGGUGUCAUGGCUGUCCGUGGGUUACUAAGUAACCCAGCACUAUUUGCGGGGCAUGAUAUCUGCCCGUGGGGUUGCAUUGAAAAAUUCUGGUAUUGGGCUUUGGAGUUUGGCGGUUUGCCGUUUCAGCUGGCCCAGCAUCAUUUAUAUUGCAUGUUUGAGAGUAUGGAGUUGAAGAGAUCCCUUUUGAAGGAGAUGAUGAAUCUCAAAAAUUAUAUCAGUUUAAUAGAUUGGUUUGAUGAAAACUUCGACUUCAAGCGUCACGGCGAAGACGGAUUUGGUGAGGCUAUCGAGAUCCCUUAUAAAAAAUGA